UGAUUGCAACCUGCUCUCCUGAACCAUCUAGUCAUCCAACCUGACCUGAGCUCUUAUCACAACACUUAGACGCUGCACGACAGCAAGUCGGGUUUAGGUCUAUAGCGGAAAUUAACUUCGAGUGCGCCAACGGACUCUAUUAGCAUCGGCCAUGUCCUCCUCCUGUGACGCUAUCCUCAAAGCACUCAAGGAAUGCCUUCUCAAUUCCGACUGUGUCCAAAAGCAAGGACAUCUUCCUUCGGAGUGUCUCAAGCAACAUAGUAAUGAAUUGCCGGAGCAAUGUCAGCUACUCAGGAAGUCCACUUUCGAAUGCAAACGCAAUAUGUUGGAUAUGAGGACUCGGUUUCGAGGUAACACGGUGGGAAUGGAUGCUGAGAAGCUGAGACAGCAGAAGAUUCCUGCACCUCCUGCAGAAUCGUGAUGUGAUGGAUGGCUUCCAAGUUAUAUCACGAUGGCGACUCGGAUACUCGCGAAUCAUUGUCUAGAACCUCGUUCCGAUGUAUCCACUGGGGGUCAAUAGGAGUUGUGUCGAUCACAGUGCACACCUGUCGUCGUAGCACUGAGCCACCGUCUUUCCGAUGGAAUCAAAGAAAGCAUUCAC